CCUGCAAAUGCAACGCUCACCAACCACGCAGAGCCACGGAGGGUGACAGGCGGGCCCCGCGAGGUUUGGUCGAGGCCGACUAAAACCCCCGCCGCACCCAUCAUCCCACCACCACCACACCACUCGAACGAACCUCUCGCCAUUUGCCAACAGACCUCAGAUCUCGCUCUCGCCUCCUUGCGCAGCCGUCGUCGAGAGCAGCAAGAAAAUGGCGGCGAGCAACCUCGAGGGUGUGCUCCUGGGGAUGGGAAACCCCCUUCUCGACAUCUCCGCCGUCGUCGACGAGGCCUUCCUCGCUAAGUAUGAUGUGAAGCCGAACAAUGCCAUUCUUGCCGAGGACAAGCACUUGCCCAUGUACGAUGAGUUGUCCAGCAAGGACAAUGUUGAAUAUAUUGCUGGAGGUAAUGUUUUUUUUAACAUGUAUAAUGUGCUAUUUCUUUUCAUGUUGUUGAUUUUUCUGAUUGGCUAUAUCUUCUCUUUGAUGUUCCAUGAUGUUCCAGGAGCCACGCAGAACUCUAUCAGGGUUGCCCAAUGGAUGCUUCAAACUCCUGGUGCAACAAGUUACAUGGGUUGCAUUGGAAAGGACAAGUAUGGUGAGGAGAUGAAGAGCGCCGCUAAAGCUGCAGGAGUUACUGCUCAUUACUAUGAGGAUGAGGCUGCUCCUACAGGCACAUGUGCUGUCUGUGUUGUUGGUGGCGAAAGGUCAUUGAUUGCAAACUUAUCUGCUGCGAACUGCUACAAAUCUGAGCAUCUAAAGAGGCCAGAGAACUGGGCACUAGUUGAGAAAGCGAAAUACAUCUACAUUGCUGGCUUUUUCCUUACGGUGUCCCCUGAAUCUAUUCAGCUUGUUGCUGAGCAUGCUGCUGCAAAUAACAAGGUUUUCUUGAUGAACCUCUCCGCUCCCUUUAUCUGUGAGUUUUUCCGUGAUGCCCAAGAGAAGGUUCUUCCGUAUUCUGACUACAUCUUUGGAAAUGAAACCGAGGCAAGGAUCUUCUCUAAAGUCCGAGGGUGGGAGACUGAGAAUGUCGAGGAGAUCGCUUUGAAGAUCUCACAACUGCCUCUGGCUUCUGGAAAACAAAAGAGGAUUGCUGUGAUUACUCAGGGUGCUGAUCCAGUAGUUGUGGCUGAGGAUGGGAAGGUAAAAACAUUCCCUGUGAUCCUAUUGCCCAAGGAGAAGCUUGUUGACACCAAUGGCGCUGGUGAUGCGUUUGUUGGCGGCUUCCUCUCUCAGUUGGUUCAAGGGAAGAGCAUCGAGGACUGCGUAAAGGCCGGUUGCUACGCAGCAAACGUUAUCAUCCAGCAAUCUGGCUGCACUUACCCUGAGAAGCCUGACUUCAACUAGACCAAAUUCAGCGAUUCUACGGAAAGCAACACUUAACCGCUUGAUGGUUCGGCUUGUUCUCCCUGUAUUAUUUUGAGGCUUUCCAUCUGAUCCGGCCUAAUUUUCGGCCGUGGAUAUCUGUUGUACUGCUAUAAUCGGUACCUUUAUCUUUGGUAUAAGGCAUGGUUGCCAUUA